AUGCUCUCACGUGUUGCUGCAGUCAAGGCACCCAACAAACACAACUGUCGCCGCGUGACCGCAUCCAGCGGAAGGAGGAGAGAAGGAAGAGAGGGUGAGCAUCGGAGGCCUAACAUGUUCCGGCAUGUGUUUACUUCCGCUGUGCUGCUCCUCCUUGUCGUUAUGAUGUGCUGCAGCGGUGGGGCUUCGAAUGCCGUGAAGAGUAAUUCGGGGAAUGCGCAAUUGCCUCAUACGGUCGAUCUAUUUUUGCCGAAUCAGACGCUGGUGCUGCCGAAGGGUGGAACGUCUCAAAAGACUAAGAGGGAUUUAUUUGUUUCACCAUCUCUCGUCAGUGCUGGUGGAGUAAUUGCUGCUUUUGCCGAAGGUCGCGUGUAUGCCGAAUAUGUCGUUGAUCGUAAUAAAAUAAUUGAGCCAAUUUCUUCUUAUGUUGUUGCGGAGUACAUUGACUCCUCGUGGGAUUGGUCCACACUUGUUGGCAAGGUGAGUGAAAGUACAUGGAAGGCAAACACCGUGCUUGGACCAACAGAUGGAACGGAUAAACGUGUGGGUGUUUUUUACCACCCCACAGCCACCACGAAGGGCAAUAAGGUGUUUCUUCUUGUGGGAAGCCUUGGUGAGCUGAAGGAAAGUGAUGGAAAUCGGAAAUGGAACAACCUGGGUCUGAAACUGGUUGUGGGUGAUGUGAGGGAGCCUACGAGCAGCGAGCUGACUGAACGUAUCAAAUGGGACCAAAUCAGGUCUCUGUUAAACGAGAGUACUAUAGCUGCUCACGAAGGUAAAUUGAAGGAGUUUCUUGCCGCUGGUGGCUCAGGUGUUCUGAUGGAGGAUGGCACGCCUGUGUUUCCACUGAUGGCGAAGAAUGAAGCAGAAGAAUUUUACUCCAUGAUCAUUUACUCAACGGACAACGGCAGUACCUGGGCGCUCUCUGAGGGCAUGUCCCCUGCGAAAUGCCUUAAACCCCGCGUCACCGAGUGGAAGGGAUCACUUCUCAUGAUUGUUGAUUGCAAGGAUGGCCAGAGGGUGUACGAGUCGCGUGACAUGGGGACAACGUGGACGGGGACCAUCGGGGCACUUUCAGGCGUGUGGACCAAAUCAAGAUUAUUAUUUUGGGAUCUGAGCUUGCACGUGGAAGCCCUCAUCACCGCGACCAUUGAGGGAAGGAAGGUCAUGCUGUACAUUCAGCGAGGAAACUUCUCGGGGAAGAAUAAGGCCAAUCCGCUCUUCCUUUGGGUAACGGACAACAACCGCUCGUUUUGUGUUGGACCGGUUGCCGUGGAAGAGGCUGCUGUGAGGUGGGAGUUUGCGAGCAACCUGCUGUACUCGGAUGGCAAGUUGCAUCUUUUACAACGGAGGGGCAGUGGUGAACACAGUGCCAUUUCACUCUCUCGCCUGACGGAGGAACUGAGUACAAUCAAUUCUGUCCUGAAGACCUGGGCAAAAAAGGACGCCUUCUUCUCCAAAUUGGCCAUACCCACGGCGGGUCUGGUGGCAGUAUUGUCCGAUACGGCCAGCAAUGGCACGUGGAUCGACGAGUACCUUUGCCUGAAUGCAACGGUGACGAAAGGAAGGAAGGUCAAGGAUGGAUUUCAGUUGACGGAGUCCAACUCCGGGGUACUAUGGUUUGUGAACACUCGGGAUGAUAAUGUGCGUCAUGUAUCAUUGAGCCACAACUUCACACUUGUGGCGUCGGUGACCAUCGAAAAGGCUCCGAGUAAUAGCACUCCUCUACUGGGUGCGAUUUGGGGGGAAACUAAUUCCACGCAUACCAUGGGAAUCCUGUAUACGGCGGACAAAAAGUGGGAGAUGAUGUUCAAAUACAAUAAGAAACCAAAAAGUGGCACUUGGGAGUCGGGGAAAGAAUACCAAGUAACACUCAUGCUGCAAGGCAACAAGAGCUCUAUGUACGUUGAUGGCCAGUUGCUGGGGGAAGAGGAAACGCUGUUAACAGGUGAGGCGCCACUUGAGCUUGUAAGCUUUUGCUUUGGCGCGUGUGAUAUGCAAAACUCUCCUAUGACGGUGACAAAUGUUUUUCUGUACAACCGCCCACUGAAUCCCACUGAGAUGGCUGCAAUCAAGGACAGGAAACCCGUUCCAAAGAGAGUUCCGGAACCACAAGCGGGAGAUGUUCCUCAAACCAUCGCAUCUGCUGUGUCUGGCCCAGAAUAUUUAGCACCGGGGAGGACAACUGUGGAGAGAGCUGCCAAUACCCAAAAUGCGCCAGCGGGACGCUUGACUUCUGCUGGGAAUGAAGGGACGGCACGAGAAACGGGUGAUGGUGGGGCAAAUGGUGAUGCUGGUUCCGCGUACGGGAGGGGACUGCUGCCGCUGCUUCUUCUGCUGGGGCUGUGGGGGUUUGCGGCUGCGUGA